AGCAGAGACCGUGGCGAUGACGCUUAAGGCCACAAAAUCACGGGACAGCGGGAGGAAAAGAAACCAGGUAUCUCCACUCAAGAUGCUGUGCCGCAGACUCCUAAGCUUCCCUUGUGAGGAUGGUCACGCAGGUGCAGACUUGGAGAUGGGAUGCUGAAGCACCGGAGAGGCGGAAAUCCUGCGGCAGGGCGAGCCGACUGAAGAAACAAGCGGGAAGAUGAGGCGGGACAGACUUCCUUCUUCGCCCACGCCGGCUCUCUGUCAUAGUACCCGCGGUUCGGCCACCCAGACAGCUUUCUAAGCUACCUCCAGGUUCUCUGGCGGCUUCGGGGGGUCGGCCGGCCGCUCCCGACGGCUGCGAGGAAAGGCGUCGCACGCUGAGCCCACCUCUCGUCCCCUCGGGAGAGCGACUCGGCGGCCUCCAGAGCCGGCCCAGGGCGCCGACAACCGACGAGGAGCCCGGCUCGGCAGGGGAUUGCUUCUGUCUGGGCCGCGGCGGAGGCUGCGUUCGUGUCUCGCGCGCACCCGCUCCGCGUUCUUCCGGCCAAUCCGGAGCUACCCGCGCGCCCAGGGGCGUUCUCCGCUCCUCCCCGGGCUGGGCGGGCUCCUUCGCGCUGCCAGAACUCCGCAAACGAGCUAGCACUCCUCCCCUCACUCUCCACGAGUUCCACGCCUCGCGCUGUGGCUCCGCCCUUUCUCGAGUCCGCCCCCGCAACCUCCAGAGCGUGUGGUCUCCUUUCCCCUCGGUCUCCAGCCAUCUAGCUGCCCUGGGUCUCGCGCUCCGCAGAGCGGCCAGCGCCUCUCCGGCCUCGCUCGGACGCCUCCGCGCGCCUCCUGGGGAGGCCACCGCGUCCACUACUCGCAGCUCUCCGCCUCCGACCCGGGCUCGGGGUCGCGCGCCCUGACUCCGCCCCCUCCCGCGGACUCGCGCACUCCGGGCUCGGCCUCUCCCGGCUCAGGCCGCCGCGCGCUCGGCCGCCCCCCACCCCUCCUUUCCCGCUCCCCGGGCGCUCUCGCUCUCGCGCUCUCCGAGGCGAGCGCGCUCCCGGCCCGCGCGCUCCGUGCUCCAGCUUCUCCCGGUUCCUGUCAGUGCGGUGACUGCGCUGGGAAACAUGGCGACCGAGGGAAUGAUCCUCACUAACCACGACCAUCAAAUCCGCGUCGGAGUCCUCACAGUGAGUGAUAGUUGCUUCAGGAAUCUUGCAGAAGAUCGCAGUGGGAUAAAUCUCAAGGAUCUCGUACAAGAUCCGUCUUUGUUGGGUGGGACUAUAUCAGCAUACAAGAUAGUACCAGAUGAAAUAGAAGAAAUCAAGGAAACCUUGAUAGAUUGGUGUGAUGAAAAGGAACUUAAUUUGAUCUUAACAACUGGAGGAACAGGGUUUGCACCACGAGAUGUCACUCCCGAGGCCACAAAAGAAGUAAUAGAACGAGAAGCGCCAGGGAUGGCCCUGGCAAUGCUGAUGGGAUCACUUAAUGUUACACCUCUGGGCAUGCUCUCUAGGCCUGUAUGUGGAAUCAGAGGGAAAACUCUCAUAAUUAACCUGCCAGGUAGCAAGAAAGGAUCUCAGGAAUGCUUUCAGUUCAUACUGCCAGCUCUACCUCAUGCCAUUGACCUUUUACGUGAUGCCAUUGUAAAAGUAAAGGAAGUGCAUGAUGAACUUGAAGAUUUACCUUCCCCACCACCUCCUCUUUCCCCUCCUCCCACAACUAGCCCUCAUAAACAGACAGAAGACAAAGGGGUUCAAUGUGAGGAAGAGGAAGAAGAAAAGAAAGACAGUGGUGUUGCUUCAACAGAAGAUAGUUCUUCAUCACAUAUAACUGCAGCAGCCAUUGCUGCCAAGAAGCAUCCAUUCUACACCAGUCCUGCUGUUUUCAUGGCACACGGUGAGCAGCCCAUCCCUGGUCUCAUCAAUUAUUCCCAUCAUGCAGCAGGCAGUACAGAUGAACGGAUUCCAGACUCCAUCAUUUCUCGUGGCGUUCAGGUGCUCCCACGAGACACAGCCUCCCUCAGCACUACUCCUUCAGAAUCACCUCGUGCUCAGGCUACGUCUCGCCUUUCUACAGCUUCCUGCCCAACACCAAAAGUCCAGUCCAGGUGCAGCAGCAAGGAGAACAUUCUCAGAGCCAGUCACAGUGCUGUCGAUAUCACCAAGGUGGCUAGAAGACAUCGCAUGUCUCCUUUUCCUCUAACAUCUAUGGACAAAGCCUUCAUCACAGUCCUGGAGAUGACUCCGGUGCUUGGGACAGAAAUCAUCAACUACCGAGAUGGAAUGGGGCGAGUCCUUGCUCAAGAUGUAUACGCAAAAGACAACCUACCCCCAUUCCCGGCGUCAGUGAAAGAUGGCUAUGCUGUCCGAGCUGCUGAUGGCCCAGGAGAUCGUUUCAUCAUUGGGGAAUCCCAAGCUGGUGAACAGCCAACUCAGACAGUAAUGCCGGGACAAGUCAUGCGAGUUACAACAGGUGCUCCAAUCCCCUGCGGUGCUGAUGCAGUAGUACAAGUGGAAGAUACCGAACUUAUCAGGGAAUCCGAUGAUGGCACUGAAGAACUUGAAGUACGAAUUCUGGUGCAAGCUCGGCCUGGCCAAGAUAUCAGACCUAUCGGCCAUGAUAUUAAAAGAGGAGAAUGUGUUUUGGCCAAAGGAACCCACAUGGGCCCAUCAGAGAUUGGUCUUCUGGCAACUGUAGGUGUCACAGAGGUUGAAGUUAAUAAGUUUCCAGUGGUUGCAGUCAUGUCAACAGGGAAUGAGCUGCUAAAUCCCGAAGAUGACCUCUUACCAGGAAAGAUUCGAGACAGCAAUCGUUCAACCCUCUUAGCAACAAUUCAGGAACAUGGUUACCCCACAAUCAACUUGGGAAUUGUGGGAGACAACCCAGAUGACUUACUCAAUGCCUUGAAUGAGGGUAUCAGUCGUGCUGAUGUCAUCAUCACAUCAGGGGGUGUGUCCAUGGGGGAAAAGGACUAUCUCAAGCAGGUGCUGGACAUUGACCUUCAUGCUCAGAUCCAUUUUGGCAGGGUUUUUAUGAAACCAGGCCUGCCAACGACAUUUGCAACUUUGGAUAUUGAUGGUGUAAGAAAAAUAAUCUUUGCACUACCAGGGAAUCCUGUGUCAGCUGUGGUCACCUGCAAUCUCUUUGUUGUGCCUGCACUGAGGAAGAUGCAGGGCAUCUUGGAUCCUCGGCCAACCAUCAUCAAAGCCAGGUUAUCAUGUGAUGUAAAACUGGAUCCUCGUCCAGAAUACCAUCGGUGUAUACUGACUUGGCAUCACCAAGAACCACUGCCUUGGGCACAGAGUACAGGUAAUCAGAUGAGCAGCCGUCUGAUGAGCAUGCGCAGCGCCAACGGAUUGUUGAUGCUACCUCCAAAGACAGAGCAGUACGUGGAGCUCCACAAGGGCGAGGUGGUGGAUGUCAUGGUCAUUGGACGGCUAUGAUGGUCACCAGCAGGAGAAGGCUUUGAUGCAUGUCCACAUAUCAUUGACUGUAUCCUGUAAUAUGCAAUGGCACAGCUAGUUUUUCUGAUUUGGAUAAAAGUUGAUCUGUAUAGUCAACACCUUGAACUAUAUUUCAAAAGAAUUUAAAUACCUUUUAAAGAAAAAAACACCUUAAAAAACAAUCUUAACAGACAACUCUAUUCUGAUUAUAUCAAGGCAAAUUUUUCCUUUCUUGCAAAUUGCUUUGUGUGUUCAAUGCUAGGUCUGAUAGCGAUAGCUUUUAGUAGACAGCAGUAGGUGCCUGCAGAACUUGUGUUUUUCUCAUCUUUAAAAUACAACUACUUAUGCUCUUAAAUCAAGGCUGUCUGCUUAUUUAUACUAGUGUAGGCAACACUUGGAUUUCCCUUCUUAGUAUGCUUCAUAACCGCUUUACAGAGAGCUUUUGCUUGUUCUUUAUCAUGUAUCUCGUGUUUAUGUGCACAGUGCCAAAAGAAGAGUGGCUGGGUGGAGGCCCUGCCCUGCCUCAAGGAGAACCAUCCCCUGCAGAGCGUACAGGGCGGUUUCUCACCCAGCAGCCUCAUGGCACAGUACUCUUGGGCAGUAACUGGAUACCUUUUAUUUGAACAAACAAACUGGAGGAAAAAAAUGCUUCCUUAAGUGCUGACAGCCUUUUUAACCAAUACAUUUAAAAUUGUACAGAACAAAAAAUAAAAUCAAAGACUGAUCUUGUACAGAUAUUAGUGUUACCAGCAUUCAUGUGGAAAUCAAGAGCAAAGAAAAAAUAAUGUUAAACAACUCUGUACCAUAACAUUUUCUGUAAUGAUACUGAAACUUAAUGAAUAAAAACAAUCCUUGAUCAUUAUUUAAAAAU